AUGAAUUUUAAUUAAUUAAUUUGGUCUGAUGUUGAGAGAGUGCCAUAGUUUACUAGCAAGGUAGAAUUGCUAAAUAUGAAAUAUGAUUAAGACUAUGAAGAAGUUAUGGAUUAUUUCAGAGCAAUUAUAAAAUCAGGAGAAAUUAGUGAUCGAGUAUUUGAUUUAACAUGUAUCAUAAUUGAAAAGUUACCAUCAAAUUAUAAUGCAUAUUUUAUAAGAAGAAAGUGUUUGAAAUAGUUGAAUAAAGACUUAUCAAAGGAGAUAGAAUUUAUAAAUAUGGUUACAAUUUCUAAUUAAAAGGUUUAUUAAAUUUGGUAUAAAAUUUUUAUUUUAUUAAGGGAACAUAGAAGAUAAGUUAUAGAUGAAAUCAAUGAUUGUAAAGGAGAAAUAGAAUUUCUUCACAAAAUUUUAGAUGAUGAUAAUAAGAAUUAUCAUGGAUGGUCAUAUCGAGUUUGGUUGUGUGAAAGGUUUAAAUUAUAUGAUUAAGAAUUAAAAGAUAUUUAAUAUUAUUUAGAUGAAGAUAUUGGUAAUAAUUCUGCUUGGAAUUACAGAUAUUUUUUGUUGACAAAAAUGUAAUUUGAUUUUAAUACAGAACUGGAAUAUAUAAAGAAUGCUAUUAGAAUAAAGGAAGAUAAUGAAGCUUCAUGGAACUAUUUGAGAGGAUGGUUUAGAAUGUUUAAAUUCAAAAAUGAUAAUGAAAACCUUUAAAAAACAUUUGUGUAAUAUAAUCUAAAAGAUUUUAAUUUGAUUGAAUUUCUAUCUGAGAUGAAUGUAAAUAAUAGAUUUGCUUUGAGCUUAAAAAUUUAAUGUAUGCUAUAAGAAGAAAAGUUUAAAGAUGCAAUAGAAAUAUGUAAUAAUCUUAUUUAAUAUGAUCCAAUUCGGAUCAAAUAUUGGCAAUAUAUGAAAAAUUAAAUAUAAGAAUUGAUUAAGUGA